AUAUAAUUUUAAGUAGGUAUUCUGUUACGUAUUUUAAUACAAACGUGUAAGUUUUUUUACCUGUAAAUAUUUUGUAGCCCUGUGAGCAGGGGCGGAGUGGGAAAAAAAUUCAGGCCAGGAAAAUUAAGUUCCUCCAGGCUACUCAAAGUUUUCAUCUCCUGGUUAAAAAUUGUAUUUUAUUUAAUUUUGUAUGUAAAUAUAUACGUAUAUAGGCAGGCAAACAACAAAUAGGUAAACGGGCCAUUUAGCUUCCAGGCCAGUCUGCCCCUGCCUGAAUUUAGAACAAACUUAACCUAUUUAAGAUGUUGUCGAGAAAAAAUAAAGAUACAAGAACUAUCAAAGAAGGAGUGGUAGGAAAAUAUGUUAAAAAAGACAAGCCUCCAGAAAUACCAAUUAUAAAUGUAUGGACUACAGAACCUUUUAGAAAAAAUAACCACAGCCGGACAAAUGUUUCGGAAUCCCCAAAUUUGAAUAAUACAAACCAACCAAGUGGUUCAGCUCAAAAAUUUGGUAAUGUGAAAAAUACACCAUCUCCAUCAAUGUUGAUUGGUCAUGAAGGAAAAUAUACUCCUAGUAGUUCUGUUCCUGAUUUAGCUCAAAAAUUUGCCAAUGCUAAUUUAUGGAGUAAUUCACCAAAUAUAGCUGCUGAUCAAUCAAUAAGUGUUAGGAAUUGUAGCAAUAGAUAUAUUUCCAAUGACUGUCACAUAAAUCAUCAGAUGGGAACUCACAGUAGUGCCACUUGUUUGCCUUAUCAUUCACACUCUGAUUUAGCUGAGUCUUCUGUUAUUUUACAUGGAUUUAGUGACAAUACAAUUUACUCACCAGCAUUGUCACAAUGUUUCCCAACUAUUCAAAUACAACACAAAAAUGAAAUUAUGACUACUCAUCAUUCUACUCCAGCUUUACAUAAUAUUGGACAGUCUGUUCCAAUACCAUUACCAACAGGUGGAGGUGAAGAACUUCCUUUACCACCAGGUUGGUCAGUAGACUUAACGUUAAGAGGUCGUAAGUAUUUUAUCGACCACAAUACCAAAACUACUCAUUGGUCACAUCCUUUAGAAAAAGAAGGUCUUCCUACUGGAUGGGAACGUAUUGAAAGCGAUGAGUAUGGAGUAUAUUUUGUUAAUCAUAUUUCCCGACAAGCACAAUAUGAGCAUCCAUGUGCUCCACAUUAUAUUUAUCAACCUGAAGUGAGAAUUCCAUUGCCACUUCUACCUCCUCCUCCACCAAGACCUACACAUUUCCAUUCUCACAAUAUGCUUGUUCCUGCGAAUCCUUACCUAAAUCAAGAAAUCCCUGUAUGGCUCAGUGUUUAUUCUCAUGCAGCUCAAACAUUAGACCAUAAACUUAGAUGGGAAAUGUUUCGGUUACCAGAACUCGAUUGUUUUAAUGCUAUGUUAACUCGGUUAUAUAAACAAGAAUUAGAAGAGAUUGUGAUGCGUUAUGAAGUUUACAGAUCUGCAUUAUUAUAUGAAAUGGAUAGAAGACAUAUGCAAUCRCAGUAUAUUGAUUCAAAUGAAUAUAACCGUUAUGGACCAGGGCUACGUAUUAUUGAUGUAACUAAUGAUAAUUUACGAGAAGUUGCACUUUCACAACAUACAGAAACUAAAGUUUAAUUAUUAACUAUUAAAAUAUAUUUUUAUAUAAUAUCAAUCAAGCUAUUUUAAAUUGUUUUUGUAUACCAUUGUUAUUGUUAAUUACUUAAUGAUACUAUGAAUUAUAUUUGCAUAUAAUUAAGUUUGUUCUACAAUAGGUUCUGUGAUAAUUUAUUGACGUAAUUAUUAUUAUUGUAACUAAAACAAAAGGAUAUGGUUGAAAUACUAUCGCUAUUAUUUGUUAUCCACUAUCAUUAUAACUUAUUUAUUUUUUGAAGCAAGUGAUAAUAUAAUUUUUGUUAGAUGUACUUACUCAAUUGUUAUUAAUGUUGUGGAAGAAUAAACUAUUGCCUAUUAUAUACUGAGGUGCACGUUUUUACACAAAAAAUCGAACUUCUAGUACUUUUUUUUUCUAUUAUUUUGCAAAAAAAAUAUUUUUUGAAUUGUAACCACAAAGUAAAAUAUUUUAUUCCUUAGUUGUAACUGAUACAGUGCCUAUAAUAUGAAAUCAACUGAAAAAGUAGAUGAUAUUUAUACUCCAUUUAGAAAUAUAAAAGUGGGCUGCAACCAGUUUUCAUCAACGGCAGUCAUCAGAUGCUUCUUUCACCAACACUGACCUGUGAGGAUUCUUUUGAUCAAAGUUGUACUCAUGUGCGCAAGUCAGCUGUCAGAUACGUUUCUUAUAUUGAAUGGACUAUCUAUCAUGUAAAGUGGGGGGUUAUCUUUGCACACAUACCAUCAAUGUUUUUUAAAAAUUGGUGUCUCACCUAAUUUACCAGGAUAAAAAUGUAUAUUGACAUAUUAUUAUGCUUUUCAUGUAUGUAAAAUUAGACAAUAUUUAAUUUAAUUAGUUAAUAGAUAAGUCAAGAUUCUAGUGGAGAUAAGUUCUUAAAAGCUAAAGUAUUUUUAUGCUUGAUGUAUUAACUAUUUAUUUUAUUGUCCCAGUCUUGGCAUAAUAUGUAGACUGACUGUGAUUAUAUAAAAACAAA